AUGACUCCAACUGUGUGUCCGCACUAUGCAUCAGCAGUGUGUAUGGCUGCGAUUUGCACUUGCUGCGACAGGCAGCCUGCACCCCUGGCCUGUUCAGGAAGACAUUCGGCUAUUUGCCAGAACAUGCCAGGAACAGAGAAUUGGUGUGGAUGUUGUCAGGUGUUGCGAUACCAAGACGGUGAGAAAUACGGACUUCGCUCCGCCUUUGUCAAAGGACUGACAGCAGGCAGCGAAGGAAGCAACCAACUUGCAGUCGUUCUGGUGUACUUGAGUGAUGUGGACGAAGGACUGGAGGCAGACUUGCCUAUCGCAGAUGUGCUGCGGGCUCAGGACAACGGCGCGGUGUUCCCAGGGUGUGUGGCCCAGGGGCUUGCAGGGAAAGCCCAGAAGGUGGGGUAA